AUGGAAUUCGGUACUAAAAAAGUGUACCUGUCAUGGCGUUUCAAUCACAAGGUUCUCUCAUCACCGGCCAUGGAUCCGUUUCAAUGGCAACAGUAUCCACAACCGGGUUCCUCCUCAUCGGUCUCUGGCACCUCAGAACUAUUCAGUUCUACCUUCGCCAUGUUGAGUGACACAUCUACCGCUGCCUAUCCGGAACAAUGGCAUGAGAAUAAGUCAGAAUGUGAUUCGACUUUCUACUUUGACGCCGUGCCAGGUCCGUACGGUCAGCAGCCGACCAAUAUGUACUAUCCAGUGCAUGAGCAAAGAUUCCAGCCAUUCCCGGAUGCUUACCACCGUGCCACUAUCCCCCAAUUCGAUCAACAGGUACCCCUAUCGGAACCGAUCCAAAUCACUGCCAACUACUCCCCUAUGCAUUUCACUCAUCAUCAAUCUCAACAUAAAAUAGAUUUCCCGUCAUCCGCUACACUCUCGAUGGGCACUGGUCAACAACAAGCGCCUACUCAGGCCAUUCUUCCCACUGCUCCACUGCCUCGUCCAUCUACCGUAUCUCCGUGUGAGCAAACGUCACUUAGCAGCCCGACUUUGACUUCCAAUAGCGGUUCAGCUGCCUCCGACACUCCACCCAUCUCUGGAGAGACGAUCUCAACAGAUUUAGAGGGUCCUGACAAUGAGCGAGUGAUGUGUAUGGCUUGCAGAGGAGUUUAUCCAUCAAGACGAAGCCUAACCGGUCAUAUUGGUAGGAACGAGAAGUGUCGGGAAAUCAUCGGACGGAACUACCUGGACCAGGUAGCUAUGGGAGGAAACCCUAUUGCUCCGGGCACGGAGAAUGCUAUCAAAGCCGGUGCGCUAACCAACGGUCAUGAUGGUCUCAGUCCAAUUUGCCCUCACUGUGAUCGCUUCAUCAGUCAUUAUAAGGGAAACAUCCGUCGACAUAUCAAUCAGUGUGGUAAAAAUGAAAGUCCUCAGAAAAGGCCGCGGGCGGACAAGGACAGACGACGAGACGCGAAGCGACGUCGUCAUGAAGAAACCAUGCUCCCACAUGUGCUGCACGAAGGCUUCGAUCCAGCAACGGGAUCACAGAAUGCUGGUCUUCUUGGAUCUCCAGUAAUGUCGCCUGCACUCGGCUCUUACCUUCAUGAACAGGACUUACAGCAGGAUGGCAUGGCGUACAUGAACGGGCACUCGAUGGAGCAGGUCUGUCAAGAUAGACUUGUACUUUCCUCGAUGAGCGGCAGCGACGAUGUUGGUGGUGAGCUGCGAUCGGGAGCUCGUGCCCAACCGGUGAUGANNNGCGGCAGCGACGAUGUUGGUGGUGAGCUGCGAUCGGGAGCUCGUGCCCAACCGCAAAUACAACUGCCCAGUGAUCCAUCACCGCCGGGAGGUCAACGAAAGGAAUCGGAUCCACCUGAGGACGCUUACAUCUGUGAUAGCUGUGAAUUUGUUACCAUCUACAAAGGUAAUAUGAAGAGACACCUCAACACUUGUCAUCCGGCUCCCGAUUGCAAAGAUCUUAAAGAGUGGGAUCGUAAACUGGAAAGCAUGCGGGCAUCAGUUAUGGGCAUGAGCCGUGUGGAGAUGAUCGAUCGACUGAAUGCUCAUCGAAUGAAUUCGACCCGUGGACGAAAACCAAGGGGAAAGAAACACGACGACAAUGCUCAGACGGUGGUUCCCGAAUUCACGCCAAUGCACUACACUUAUGACAUGAUGAACACCUUCCCACAAUUAUGA